AUGUCAUUUUAUGACAAACAAGGCUCAAGUGCCCAGAUCAGUGACGGUAGACGGACGUGGGACGAGGCAGAAUAUGAACGUAAAGCGAAAGAGCGUCUUGCUGAAGCUCAAACUGCUGAUUCGAAAAAAUUAGGACUUUUGAAAAAAGACGAGCCUCCUGUGAAGAAGAAGGGGCUUGAAUACCGCGACUUUCAACUUGAUUUGGAUUCUAAAGUUGGUAAAGCUAUUGUAAUCAGUAAAACUACGCCGGCUGCUGAGUCGGGAGGAUUUUACUGUGAUAUUUGUGAUUGUGUCAUCAAAGAUUCUCUCAACUUUCUUGAUCAUAUGAAUGGCAAGAUGCACAUAAAGAACCUGGGAAUGAGCAUGAAAGUCAAGAGAAGUACUCUGGAAGAUGUACAAGAUCGCUUUGCUUACAAGAAAUGGGAAAAAGAACAAGAGAGACGACAGAAAGAGAAGGAAGCGAACAGCGAGGAUGUUGCUCUCGAACAGGCCAAGAUAAACGAUGCUAAGCUGAGCAAACAAGAACGAAAAAGAAAAAGAGAAAAAGAAGAAGAAGUGGAGGAAGAAACAGAGGGAUUAGAUCCCGACAUUCAAGCUAUGAUGGGAAUUUCAGGAUUCGGAACUUCCAAGAAGAAAUAA